AGCCAACUACAAGAGAUCCCAGACCUCCGUGGAUCAAUUGAUAUUAAGAACAACGAAUUGAAAUCCAUUAAAGACCCUAUAGAAACGAUAACAAUCAACGACUUCUUCACCUACUGCCAAGAAAUGAUAGACAAAAUCAAAGAAAUAGGCCUCGACGAAGGCCUCGGACAAAGCGACGGCAAGAAAGACAGAUUAAUGAAUGCUCCCCUAAGCGGUAAAAGCGCCUAA